AUGGCAAUCUUCAUAACUUGUUCUUACAUAAACAAUGCAAGUUUAAUCAAAACAAUUAUUAUCUUAACCAUGAUAGUAAGUAUAAUAAAUAGAAAAGUAGUGUAUUCUAAAUUAUCAGGUGACUUUCUAUUUUAAGAUCAAGGUAAUUUGGUUUUUGAUAUAUAGAUUGGUCUGUAUAUAAUUAUGAUUUUAGUCUAAUUAUUGUCAUUACUUGUGGUACAUAAAAUGUUUUAUGUGUUGACAACUUUUCAAGAAUUGAUAAUUCUUUUCUUACUAAGACAUUUAAACUUGAACCUCAUUAUUAAGUCACCCUUACUUUCAAAUUUUGGAGGUAUUAAUUGAUUAUAUAAUUUAGAAUUGACACUUGGAAUGAUAAACUCUUUGAAGUAUAUGCUGAUUAAGAAAAAUAAUAUUCAAGAUAUUAUUCUGACUCUGAUUCUACUACAAACAUUUGUCAAGAUACAAUUAGUGAUUCAAUAACAGAUAUCUCUUUAACUUUUCAACAUACAAAUCCAUCUUUAUAAGUUAUUACAAAAGGCGAAGGAUCUUAUUGGGGAAUUUCAAAUUUUGAAUUAGUUAUUUAUGAAUGUCCUCCAGGAUGUGAUGCAUGUAAUUAGAGUCAAUGCUUAGAUUUAAAAUUAGUACCUAUAACUAAAUAAUGGAUCACAAUUGAUAAUUUAACGACAAACACUUCAUGUAUGGGUAAUUGAUAUUGCUAAUUAGAUUAUCGGUAUUAUUGGACAGCGGGUACAUAUAUGGAAAUAGAAAUUGAUUUAGAAUCCCAUAUUAAAAUUAGUUCAAAAAAUGAGAUUCUUAGUAACAAAUGCCAAUAAUCCAAUUCUUACAGUAAAAAUUGAUGAUCAAUAAGUAACUACAACAUAGAAAUUGUCACAACGAAUAAUUUUUACAAGAUCUUAUUGCAAUCAUAUAUAAAUUCUUGAUGUAAAAAUAACAGACUUAGUACAUACAAAUCCAAAAAUUUAAAUUCGUAUUGAUAUAGUUAUGCCAUAAUAUCAAGUAACAGAGGGUACUCCUUUUUUUGGGAGCCCAGAUUUUGAAUUAUUCAUCACUUAAAAAAAAUAAAUUUAUAUAGAUUAAGGAUUACCUUUUGAAGGCUGUUAAUUAGAUAUAACUAAAUUUGUUGAAGGUUGUGCUUUUUGUGUUAGAAAUGAAUGUUUACAUUGUUAAGAUGGUUGGCAAUAUAUAGAAUAAGAUCAGAAAUGCUCACCCAUAUGUGGAGAUUAAAAAAUUGUCUAAAAUGAAUUAUGUGAUGAUGGUAAUCUUAUUCCAUAUGAUGGAUGUUAUUAAUGUUAAUAUUCUUGUCCAUUAUUUUGUAAGAAUUGUAUCAAAGGAAAAUGUAUUGAAUGUGAGUAACCAUAAAAUUUAAUUAAUGGAUUGUGUCUAUUUGUAUGUGAUUAAUUUAAAAUGACUUCUGUUUUAUAAUACACAGGAUGUUUUUAUUAUGUAGAUAAUUUUGAAGUAAAUGGCUAUUACUAGCAUACAAUAUUCAAUUAAGAUAAUUUAAAAUACUUUUAAAAUUAAUUUUUAGAUUGUAAUCUUUUGUAAUAUGGAAUUUUUGGAUUUAUUUUACAACUAAUGUAAAGUGAAAAAUAUAUCAUAAUGUAAAAAUUAAUCUUGGAAUAUUUGUCUUGA